AUAAACUUGGCGUGCAAGUCAAGAGUCCCAUAGAAGAGAAAAGAAAGUGGAAAUUAAAUUCAAACCCAGUGGGCGACUGGAGUGAAAAAACGUUAUAAGAACUCAAAAAAGAGAAGAAAAGAAAAAAACAGAGAAAAGAUGGAGAUGAUAAUGGGAAAGGAAUACGGUUAUGUAGUGAUAGUGGUGGUUGUUUACUGCUGCCUCAACAUGUGGAUGGGGUACCAAGUUGUGAAAGCUCGCAAGAAGUAUAAGGUCAAUUUUCCUAACCUCUACGCUCUCGAAUCCGAAAACAAAAAUGCCAAAAUCUUCAACUGUGUUCAGAGAGGGCACCAGAACUCGCUGGAGAUGAUGCCCGUGUUCUUCAUUUUGAUAGUGUUGGGAGGGAUGGGGCAUCCUUGCGUCUCCGCUGCACUGGGUCUUUUCUACACCGUCACCCGUUAUUUUUACUUCACCGGCUAUUCCACCGGCGAUCCUCAGAACCGUCUCACUAUCGGGAAAUAUGGGUUUUUGGCAUUGUUUGGGCUGAUGAUUUGCACCAUUUCAUUCGGAAUCAAGCUGCUUCGAUCAUGAUUAACUGCUUUGCAAACACUUUUCCCUUUUUUGCUUUACCAAUUAAAUAAUUUAGUGUUUGGUCUUAAGUGUUUUCAAACAGACUUCCUUCUUGUAUUCUGCUUGUUGGUUUUGUGUGUCUAGGAGGUUGAAUUUACUCUUCAUUUCACAUUUUAACCUUUGAUUGGAUAUUGUAAUUUUGGUGGGUUAUGUCAAUUUUUUUUUUUUGAGUUAAUGAAAUUAAAUAAUAGAAUUAUGCAA